CAAAAAACGAGGGUUUAAGGGGGAGUUUGGGGGGAAGAAGAGGAAGAAGAAGAAGGGAAGCGGCGAGAAUGGGUUCGAGUUACAGGUCGACGACAGAAGGAAUCCAUCAUCGUAUCUUUGAAUUCUCAAGAACAGCUCUUAUUCGGAUCUUUGCUUCUCCUUAUGCUACUGUCUGUGAUUUGUUCUGCGGAACGGUGCCCGACGAGGCCAAAUGGGAUGCAGCUCAAAUUGGACACUACAUUGGCAUUGAUGUUACUUCAUCUGGAAUAAGUCAAGUUCGUGAAGCAUGGGAAAGUCGAAGGAAGACUUACACUUCCGAAUUCCUUGAACUUGACCCUUGCAUUGAGGAUAUAGGACCAUUGCUGCAAGGUAGGAGCAAUGUUGCUGAUAUUGUUUGUUGCAUGCAGCACUUGCAGUUAUGUUUUCAAACUGAAGAGAAAGGGAGAAAGCUAAUGCAAAAUGUAGCAUCUUUGUUAAAACCAGGGGGUUAUUUCAUUGGCAUCUGUCCUGACUCGUCCACCAUAUGGGCAAAAUACCAGAAGAACAUUGAAGCUUAUCAUAAUAGGAGUGGCAGCAUGAAGCCCAACAUAGUUCCUAUUAGAUCUGAAAAUUACACAAUCACAUUUGAAGUGGAGGAAGAGAAGUUCCCAUUUUUCGGAAAGAAAUAUCAGAUAAGAUUUGCUAAUGAAAGUGCUGCUGAGACCCAUUAUCUGGUUCAUUUCGCAAGCUUACUCAGAUUAGGAAGAGAAGUUGGCUUGGACUAUAUUGAGAUUCAAAAUCUGAAUGAUUUCUAUGAUGAUAAUAGAGCAAAAUUUGCAGGUAUGCUGCUUGAUACUUGUCCGAGUCUUUUUGAUUCCAGGGGAAAACUUAUUCCAAAAACAUAUGAUGUGUUAGGUUUAUACACUACAUUCAUAUUUCAAAAAUCUGACCCAGAUGUUGCUCCACCACUCAUGACACCAGUGCAGCAAGAUGAGAUCCACACUAUUGAUGAGACAUUACAGAGAGAAAUGCAAGGUGCACUCUGGAUUGAAGAGAAAAAUACACAAACACAGGCAUCGUCAUCAUCAGCAUCGAUUGGCCUCGGAAAGAUCUCUGAGCAGAAAGGUAUUUUGGGCCCGGGACCUGCUCAGUUACGUUUUUCAGAACCUAUGUGACACUUCUUUCUUCGUCUUCUUUUUAUUUGUGUUUUUCAGAACCUAUGUGACACUUCUUUCUUCGUCUUCUUUUUAUUUGUGUAAAUGUUGUGUUUUCCCUUUUUCUUGUCAUAUACCAAUGCUUAUGACAAAACCUUUUACAGUAGCCAACUGAAAUUAUAUAGAAACAAAAUAUGUUGAUUAAUAAGCAGCAUCGUCAUAUUUCUUCAUUCUUUCA